UCCGCGGCGCGUACGGCCCAGAAGGCUGCGGCAGUCGCUGCCGGGGCCGGCGGGCGCGGCGGCGACGGGGCCCGCCGGCGCAGUCGCCACCAGUGGACUGAACAUUCACACAGAGGAGGCUAUGGACGCGCCCCCGACCACAGUGGACGACGCCGCCUCCCCAGCCAAAACAAACGGCGCCGCCUCCCCAGCCAAAACAAACGGCGCCGCCUCCCCAGCCAAAACAAACGGCGCCGCCUCUCCGAAGAACACGGACAGUGUUGCGUCCUCGUGUAAGGUGGACCCCUCGCCUUCGCGCAAGACGGAUCCCGCGCCCUUGAGUAAAACGGAGGACGCUACGACCCCGCCGUCGCCGCCAAGCGGAGAGGCUACCAAGACGGCAGUGAAGGCUGGGGACGCCGCGGAAACCGGAGCGGACGCCGCCGACGCAGACCGCUCGGACGUGCUGCCGGCCUCUAAGGACGCGCCCGCCGGGGAGGGCGACGCUUCACCAUCCCCCGGCGACGCUCCGUCACCCUCAGAGGACGCUAAACCACCCUCGGAGGACGCUGAACCACCCUCGGAGGACGCUGAGCCAUCCUCGGAGGACGCUGAGCCACCCUCUGGGAACGCUCCGACACCAUCCAGCAACGCGUCGCCGGUGGGCCGGCGCUGCAGGCCGCGGCGGACCAUCAAACGCUCUCCGCAGGUGGCCGCGUUCAUCAGCAGCGCGCGCCGCCUGCUGGAGGCCGACAGACGCCGGCGGAGGCGCUCCGAGCCGGCGCCCAGCGCCCCGUCCGGCGCCGACGAGCCGGCGGAGGCCGAGUCGGCGCCGGCCGUGCUGCAGGCCGAUCCCGACACGGACGGGCCGUCGCUGGCGCUGAAGAGGCGGAGACUGAGCACGAGCAGGUCGGCUCGGUCCGAGGGGGGCUCCGAUCCGGACUCCCAGGCCAGCCAGCAGCCGAAGCGCGGAGCGGCCGGCCGGCUGGCGGCUGCCGAGGCGCGGCGCGCGCGCACUCGCCGCCGGCGCACCGCCGUGGUGACGCUGUCAGAGAGACGUCUCAUGGAGGAGAGCCCGCCGGAGCCGAGCCGGCCGCCGGCCGCCGCGGCAGCCACCGACCCCGGGCGGCCGGAGGAGGAGGGAUCCGUGGAAAUGGACACCCAGACGCCGCCGGAGCAGUGCGGCGCUCCACCGCCGGAGGACGAUAUUUCGACGGAGCUGUCGGCCGACCCGACAGAAGAGGAGCCGCCGGUGAAGGUCGCUGCGAGCGAGGAGCCGGGCGGGACAGAGCGGAUGGUGACGGAGGAACAGGACGCGACAGAAACGACGAUGAGCGACGACCAACGCGUCGUGGCACCGGCGGCGAGCGACGAAAAUGACGCGUCAGAGCCGGCGAAGAGCGACGAACAAAACGCCGCGCCGUCAUCGGAGGGGAUUCCAGAAACCGAGGCGUCCGUUGCCCAGUCCAAUGGGCCGGUGACUGAUGGCGAAACCACCGCGGUAGGGGAGAGCGCCCCUCCGGUGGACGAGAGUGCCAGUCCAGUGGGCGAGAGCGCCUCCACCGUGAACCAGAGCGCCCCCUCGGCGGAUGAAGACGCCACUCCAGUAGACGAAGAUGUCCCUCCAAUGGACGAGAGCGCACCCUCGGACGAAGCUGCUACCGGUGCCGCUGCAGCGACUGCCGCCGACACAGCCGACAUCACUCCCUCUCCUGCGGCCGCUGACGCCCCUACAGAGAGUCCGCUGAAGGCUCCGGCGGUGCCGGAGGUCGUCGUGGAGACCCAGUCGGAGCGCGCGGACCGGGCCGUCACUCCUCCGCCGCCUGCCGCUGCGCCCGUCUGUGGUGACCCGGAGCCGGUGGGCAGUGUGAGUGUGACUGAAUCACCGCAGACGGCGGCCACUAACUCGGACAGAACCGCCCCGGUGGAACCCGGGGUGACGGUGACAGACUCCAACGGGCCGGCCGCUGUGGAGCCGCCGCCGGAGGAGCACGAGGGCACGCCUCUGAAGCGGGCCGUGGUGCGCCUGUCGCGCCUCUCCGAGCCGGCGGUCUGCAGCGCGCGCCGCCAGCUCGGCCUGGACGAGCCAGCCGCGCGGAGCUCGGAGGCUGCCGGGGACGCGGCGCCGGCGGCCGGCCCGCCACCGCCGCCUGCUGAGUCCGAGGAACUGUUCGCCUCCCCCGAGCUCAACGGCGGUCUGCCGCCGAGACGCGCCGCCGCCCCCGCGCCGCCGCCAGUGGCCACGUCCCGCGCCGCCCGCCUGGUCGGGCUCGCCCAGAAGCGGCAGGCGCCGCCCGCAGACGCUGCCGAGAGUCCCGAGCGCGAGCGGUCGCCGCCGGCGCUGCCGCCCACGCCGUCGACGCCGGUGCAGCGGCGGCCGCCCUGGGCCCGCCACGUGUACUCGCCUCAGGCGUCCCCCAGCGCGGGCAUCUUGAAGCGGAGGCGGCUGAUGGGUCCGCCUUCUGUCGACUCGCCGCCCACGCCCGGCAAGCGGCGCGCGGUUCAGUUUGCCGACCCGCCCGUCUCGGAGAGCGUGGAGAUCCCGCGGGCCGGUCGGCCGCCGCUGCGCGCCUCUCGCGGCCGCGGCCGGCGCGGCCUCAGGAUGGAGCCGUCACAGGACUUUGAGGAGUCGCCCCCGGCGGCGUGCGGCGACUCGGCGGGCCUGUGCCCGGCGCUGGCCGACUGCACGGACAGCGUAGCCGAGCUGGUGGACCGGCUGACGUCUGCCUCGUGGCGCACGGGCCUGGUGCGGCUGCUGUCGGCACGCGGCGUCAGCACGGUGGGACAGCUGGCCAGACUGCCGCCGGCGCAGCUGGCCGACCUGCCGUUCCGCUCGCCGCGCGUGGAGACGGUGACGGCGGCACUCAGCGGCUACCUGGCCGUCCGGCAGCAGAGGACGGACGCGGCCGGCAGGACGGCGCCCGCAGCGCCACCUGGCGACGUGGAGGAGCCGACACUCGGCGCCGAGGAGGCGACACUCGGCGCCGAGGAGCCGGCACCCGACGGCGAGGGGCCGGCAUCCGACCUGGAGGAGCCGACACCCGACGUGGAGGAGCCGACACCCGACCUGAGAGAGCCGACACCCGACCUGGAAGAGCCAGCCCCUGCCGUCGAGCAGGGCCCGGCCACCUGCUGCGCGUCCACGCAGACCUGUUCGCCGGCCCUGGUGGACGCGGCCGCCGGCCCGGCCGCCGCCCUCGCCGUCCUGGCCGCCGUCACCCAGACGCCGCCGCCGCCCGAGCUGCAGUCGGCGGCGCAGCAGACGGCGCCGCCCCAGCUGCGCAGCACCGGCCAGCAGGCGGAGCCGCCGCGCCGCGAGGCGGCCACGGCCACCGAUCGGCCGGCGCGGCGUACCGCCGGCGUGCAGACGGCCCGGCCCGCCGGCCGGCACGUCCACGUUCAGGCGGGACCGGCCACGGCCGACGCCGGCACGGCCUGCGAGGUGACCAGCACGCAGGAGGGCGGCACGCAGACCGAGGGCGGUCUGAAGGAGCUGGUGGUUCCCCUGCUGCGGGCCGCCUCACGCGCCGAGCUGCUAGAAAUUUGGGUGGCGUGUUUGGCCGAGUGAUGGAAGGGGCGUGUCUGACCGAGCGAACGGUGGAGUUGUGGCGUGUUUGGCCGAGUGAGUGUGGAAAUAGUGGCGUGUGAAAGUGACGACACUGUCCCGAGUGCUGCUGUGUUAGUGACGAUGGCAGAGCUCGCGUCCGUAACGGACCAUCGUCCGCUCUUUCAGUUCUUGAAACUCAGUCUGAUUCUGUUAUUUUAGAAUGUAGAGACUUGUGUCAUGUUCACACCCACGUCAUGCUAGAAGUGCCAAGUAGGAUGCACAUAAGGCACGCCAGUGUAGCUGCCAACUGGUGGCGAAUCCGUGCCAGGAAGGUCCGUGGCGGGCGGUGGAUGAGCUUUCGUGUACUGUCGUGAUAGCUGAUUAACCAGGGCGACUUCGGCGCAUCGGACUGUCACAAAUAGACGCCGCUCACUCCGUGCUUAUCAGUUGGAUUGUGCCACUGCUCCCGUAAUUGAAUAGAGCAUUUGUAAGCGUGUCUAAUUUAUUGUUUCUGCUGAAUGGACGGGUUGAUCACGGGUGCGGGUGAAAACUGAUCGUGAACCUCCUAAUCGCGAUGUUAACCGCGAACUCCGCCCACCACUCGCCACUGGCCACCGCUGACCUCCCGACAUAACAACAACUCUGAAAUCCUGACCUGACCCGGACGUGGAAUUAGUCCUUGCUGCUCCGUAUGGUCAAAUGACCUUUGCCAGUGAAUUGAGAAUGCAAAUGUUGCAAUAAACGUUGUUCCACGACCC